AUGCCUCAGCCCUUACUAACAACUCUCUUCGGAGUUGGCCCGACUACCGACGACAAGCACCACUUCGAGACGUCUUGGAUCUUACCCCCUGCCAUCCUCGCCGGUCUUCGUGGUCUGAUCUCACUCUACUUCACAUGGCUGACUUACUGGGGUAUUGGCUUCUACAUGCUAUUCGCUGCGAUCCAUACAGCCUUCUAUGCACGAACGGGUCACUCGGUUCUCCUCAACCGCUGGCCGCGAGCCUUCCGCGUAUUACACAGCCUAUUGUAUGUGACAGUCACAACGUACCCGUUUCUUGUCACCGUUGUCUUCUGGGUUCUUCUAUUCACUCCGCCGUGGUACAAGAAGUCAUACACCGGCUGGCAAAAUAUCUCCCAACACUGCCUGAACUCUCUCUACGCCCUACUGGAAACCAUCCUCCCAGCCACAGCGCCGCACCCAUUCAUCGCGAUCCCAUUCCUAAUCCUCAUACUCCUGCUCUACCUCUGCGUCGCAUACAUCACCCACGAAACCGAGGGCUGGUACCCGUACUCCUUCCUCGACGUCGGCGACCACGGGCAGAAGAGCAAGCUUGUGACGGGAUACUGUUUUUGCAUCUUGGCUGCGGUUCUGGUUUUCUUCCUCGGUUCCUGGGCGCUGAUUCAUUUGCGUCGCCGUUUGACGUACGGUAAGAUUAAGCGAGCGAGACGGGAUCCGCUGUGUGCGCACGAUGCUUUUGGCGGUGUCGUUGAGGCGUGUGUUGGUGAGCAAUCGAAUGAGAUGAAGGUUGUGCCAGUUUGGAGGUGA